CUUCCACAGAGAGAGAGAGAAAGAGAGCAAGAGAAAAUUAAUGUUAACAUAAAUAGCAGGCAGACACAGAAAGGAGAAGCUGGAAACUGAGGAACAAUACAGGCUUCUACCAAAGGACCAGCGGACAGUGUUGUGGCAUUGCUCUGGGGUUUCUGUUUGAAUAGUGCUGGCAGGUUGAUCCUGUCAAAGCUGGUUCUUUGGGAUGCCGUGCAUGAACAGACUGGUUGUUUCUUAGGGAGAGUCCUGGCCUGGGGAUAGUGAUGCAAGCAUCUCGCCACCAACGAUGGAGACACGACUUAGCCUGAAGAACAGUUUUCGAUCAUGUACUUUUACGGUUCUCCUAUGAGGUAGAACUUACAGCACAGAACCAGACAGAAAUCCUCUUAAAGCACCAUGUCGUCAGAGCAGAGCGAGACAUCACCCUCGCAGCCACCUCACUCGCCUCGAGCACCCGUGUCCCCUCCUUUGCUCUACUACCGCGACAGUCCCAAAACUUGGGAGCGGAGCAACUCUCUCCUGGGGGACCUGCCCAGUCCUCUCCCCACCAAACGCACCCGUACCUACUCUGCCUCUGCCCGGGCAACACUUGGCCCCAUUUCCAAGGGCAAAUGCAAGUGCUUCUCCAGGUCGCAGGGUCAUGGGUUCAUCACCCCCUCGGACGGGAAGGAGGACAUCUUUGUGCACAUCUCUGACAUCGAGGGGGAAUACGUGCCGGUGGAAGGAGACGAAGUCACGUACAAGGUGUGCGCCGUCCCACCCAAGAACGUGAAGUUCCAAGCCGUGGAGGUGGUCAUCACCCACCUGGCCCCAGGGACCAAGCACGAGACCUGGUCCGGGCAGAUCGUCGACUCCUGAGGCAGCAGGCAGGCACUGGGAGGGGGUUCGGAUCCGAAGCUCGAAUAGACUGGCUCCAUCAACGGGACUUUUUAAACAGUGAAUCGAAAAAAAAAACUAAUAGUGGGGAGAAUAUGUGAUUUGUGAGUUGUGUAUUGUAAUAGACUUUACAGGUUAUGGUUUAAAAAUGGAUUAUAUACGUAUAACACAAAGCUACAGGCUAGAGAAGGGGGUGUGAGUGUGGCUUUAUCCCUGACCUUUACCCAUGUUUCUCCUGCCUGGUUUCAACCUCCAAAUUGGCACCAAGGCAAAUAAAGGCAGAAUCUACUUUGUUUUCCCAGUGGAGGGCUCCUAUUAAUUUUUGGCUGGCUUUGCUGCAGCCUGGAAGCAUGGGAACAGGACUAGGCCAUGGAACCCCUUGAGUCCCUUCAGUGAGAUGUGGUGGAAGGGUCUCCCUGUCCUGGUCCAGUAACCCUUAUCCAAGAAAGAUCGACAGGUCCCAGCGCUGUGAAGUUUUCAGUCUGUCCUGUCUGGCCUCUGCAGCUUUAUUAGGACGGGGAUGAAGAGCUGCGGGUUUCCAUAUGUCCGGGCCUUCCACUGUUGAAUGGCUCCAUUCCAAGGUUUUUGUUACACACUCCAAGAGGAGCUUCCACCAUUCACCCCCACUGAAUCCCGGGAUCACCCUCAACCCCUACAGCAGAUCAUUCCUACACCUGCCAAAAUCUUACCAGAAAUGGAGAACCAUGAAAUCCACUUGCGUAAUCCUGCAUUCCUUUAGCAUUCUGCAAUUGAAAUUAGGUUUCUACUCCACUUCCCCCCAACAAGGUGAAACACAAACAGCAACCAUUCCCUGUGGAAGGAGGAACAGUUGACAUCCGGGACCCUUCAUCAGAACCGACUGAGUUACUAGGGGUCCCACACCUGAAACGUUAACUGUACCUCUCUCCACAGAUGCUGCCUGACCUGCUGAGUGUUUCCAGAAUUUUCUGUGUUUUGUUUCAGAUAUCUGGCGUCUUUUUGUUUUUGAUUUUCAAGAAUCAUUUCUUGUUUGUUGCUCUCAAGUUGGAAGUUUGACCAGACUGAGUCAUCCCUGCACCUCCAUUUGAUUUCCGUGCCAGGCCACAUGGAAGGAGACAUUUCCUGUCCAACAUUCCCAUUUCCCUCACUCUCCCGGCCUCCAUCACCCCAUCUCUCUCCCCUCCUCCAUCCGCCCAUCGCUAACACACUCCUCCCACUGGUUCCCCUCCCCUCACCGUUCCCAUCUGCCCUCCCCACCUCCCUCACUUGAUUUCUCCCUCUCCCAUCAGACUCCACCAUCUGCAGCUCCCUGCCAGCCCACCUCUCACCUCCCGGCCUCUGUCACUGUCUCCACUCUCCUCUCCUCCGUCUACCUAUCGCCCCCCCCCCUCACCUGGAUCCACCCAUCAGCUGCCAGCUCUUGCUCCUCCCCUUCCCCUCACCCCUUCAUACUGCCCAUCUCCCCUCUUUCCGUCAGUCCCGAUGAAGGGCCUCGACCUGAAACGUUGACUGUCCAUUUCCCUCCGCAGAUGCUGCCCGACCCGCUGAGUUCCUCCAGCAUCUUGUUUUCCUCUCCAGACUCCAGCAUUGUGUCUCCGUUCCAGGUUUGGGGGGGCGUGGGGGGAAGAAUUGGACCACAUUGUCCUGAGUUUUCCUGUCGAUGGGCCUCCCUGGGACAACCUUGUUUCCCAGCACACCACCAGAACCCUCCAGAUUAUCCAACUCCUUAUCUCCUUCCUUGGCUCGAGUAAAACCUCAUUCCCCCCCACCCCUGUUGAAAAUUCCAAUCCCCAAGUUUUAUUUAUCUUCCUUGCUUCCCGCUGGAUGUUCCCAACACUACCCAUCCCUGUUCCAUUACAUGGCCACAGGGUGAAUUGGGCUUGGGGUCACAAGCUGCCCUGAGCCCACCCUGCUGCAGCGCACUGGAACUUUGAAGCAACUGUUCUCUUGCUGUCUGGUGGGACUGGGGACCCGGCCAUUUUGGGGGACUUAACCUGUCGUUUAGCCUCUGCCUCCCUGCUUCUACCUAGUAUGGGCAGUGCAGUGGCACAGCAGUUAGAGCCACUGCCUCAGAGCUCCAGAGAACCCAGGUUCAAUCCUGACCUCAGGUGCUGCCUGUGUGGAGUUUACACGUUUUCCCUGUGACUGUUGUAGGUUAAUGGGCUGCUGUGAAUCGUUCCUAGUGUGCAGAGAAGUGAUGGGAGAAACAGCAGGAACUGACAGGAGGUGUGGAGGAGUGAGGGCUGGGCUAGACUCAAGGGGCUGAAUGGCCUUCUUCCAUAAGAAAAACACAAGGAAACAGGAGCAGGAUGAAGCCAUAAGGGGACCCAGGAGAUGGAAUAAUGACACCCCCACAAAACUGCUCCUUCGUCCUCUUGUGGGAAGGUGGAGGGGAGGUUCAUUUGUCCAAUACCCCAUCUACAUCACUGUUCCCUCCCCGGAGACUCCCCAAAGCCACAGCCACUUUGGCCGCCGAUAAGGUUCAAAGCUGGGGUGAAUGAGCACGGCUCUCCUGGUGCACUUGGACCUCUCACCUGCAGUGGGCGCCCCUGUGGCUUGUACAGAAUCCCCCUGCUCCACCAGGAGACCAGGCGUUGGAAGAGCUGCCCUUCUGUUCCUUGGCAUACCGAGCCAAACCCCAACAUACACGGGGAGGGAAGCUGCAGGCGGGCAUUGGAUGUGAUGGCAGAGACCUGGAGACCUCAGAUGGUAGGACUGGAGCCCUUCUCCCCUGGGUGUGACCGACCAGAAUCCCUCUCCUUGGGCAUCCACUACAUUGGGUGGCAGACCCCACUUAGCCACAGUUAUGGUGCCUCAAUCCUCAAGCAGUCAGCCGACACCCAUUGCCAAGCAUCUAAUACCCAUCGAGUGGGGCCAGUGUAUAACUUGGUGAGCGAACUCCCUCUGGGCUGGGAUUGAUAUUACUGCUGGGACCUUACCAAUUAGAAGUGUAGAACAGAGAGAGGAGUUUAUUCUGGGAACUGUAUAAAACACUAGUUGGGGCACAAAUUGAGUCCAUGGACAGUUCCCAACACCAUAGAGGGUGCAGAGGAGAUUUAGGCAGCGGUUGCUUGGCUAGAGUUAUGUGGAGAGACUGACCAAGACUUAAUUGCAGCGUGUACGUUUAUGAGGGACCCAGGCAGUGGGACAGGAAGGUCCUAUUUCCCUUGGGCAGUGGUGUCACUAACGAGGGUCACAGAGUUCAGAUAAUUGGUAGAAGGAAUGAGACAAGUUGAGAAAAAGUUAUUUCACUUAAUGAAUUAAGGAAGCCAAUUUAGGAACAGCAAACUCCCAGAAAGCGGCAAUGAGAUAAUGACCAAUGUUUUUGGAAUCGAAGAUUUAAACUGCCAGCGAUCUGUUUACAUUAUCCAGCUGGGUGAUGUCACCAAGGGCAGGUUACCAACAGGGUUUCCUCUGGGUGCUCCGGUUUCCUCCCACAUCCCAAAGGCGUGCGGGUUGGUGGGUUAAUUGGCCACUGUAAGUUGCCCCUGGUGUGUGGAUGAGUGGUAGAAUCCGGGGGGAGUAGAUGGGAAGGAGGGAAGUUAGGUUGCAGGGGAAAUGGGAUUGCUUUGAGAGCCUGCAUGGACUUGAUGGACCGAAUGUCCUUCUAUGUCGUAUGGAAGUAAGGAGACAUAACUCACUUGCCCAACCCACCCUUGUAACACAGCUUGUAACACCACAACCAGCAACACCCAGGGGUGGGAGCAUCCCAGGGUGAGUCCUCUUACUGUAGCUGUUUGCUGGGAGCAGAGGUGAUGGGCGAGAGAGGAAGGAGGGCUGUUUGAGUGUGUGACGGAGGGCUGACUGUGGAGGUGAUGGAACCUCCAGAAGGUUUCCAACCCUGCUGUGCAACCCUAAAGCAGGACGCUGCCUGUCCUGGUGCUGGGGAGGGACUCGAGAUGUCCUGAGGGUUCAACUAAUUAAUGGGCAGCUUACUGCGAACCUCCUCGAUCUCACUGGGAUAGGCAGCCCUGACCCAGCUAGUAACAGAAUUGGACACCAGCUUCUCUUUUCCCCCAGGAUUAUAUCUUGCGUUUCACAUCCACUAAUCUGCAAGGAAGGUGAAUCAAGGAGCUUUGAGUUCCUACAACCAGGACCUCCGACUGUUCCUGUUGUACACCUGGAUACAAUGGGGAAAUGUGAGGGGGGAGAAAGGGAGAGAAACUGUUUCAGCUCCCUUGACUGCCUAGCGUAAGGAGUUUAAAAUUCACAGCAGUAAAAUCACAAACACUUCAAGUUUGCAAAUAUUUGGAAAUCUCUUCCCCAAAAAUGGGCUUGACUCCAGCUCCAACGUGGAGGACUCUCCAGAUUUGUCCUGCAGUCUCCAACACCUUGUACAUACAUUACCUCCGGAGAGAGCUCUAGGUCUUCAGAAGUUCACCUGAAAUGGCAGGCAGCCAACUCCAAUUGGUUCACCGGUGCCUACUGUCAGGGUCCUGGGUCAGCUCCUUGGACGUGUUCCUCGUGUGUAAGUCAAUUGUUAAAGGGGGAGAUGGUUUUGAGGGCAAAGGUGGGUUAUGAAUGGUUCAAGGGUAGAGCAGGCUUUUGGGGCUGAAUAGUCUCAUCUCCUAUGAAAUGGAUGAACCUUCAGAUGUUUGUUUAAAUAUUUCAGGAGAAUAGCAAAAAUGUCCACUGUAUAACAUGGGGGCACAGUGGCAAAGCCGCCGCCUCACGCUCCAGUCACACGGGUUCGAUCCUGACCCCUGGUGCUGUCUGUGUGGAGUUUGCACAUUCUCCCUGUGACCAUGCAAGUUUCCUCGGGGUGCUCUGGUUUCCUCCCAUGUCCCAAAGGCGUGCAGGUUGGUAGGUUAAUUGGCCUCUGUAACUUGCCCCUAGUGUGUAGGUGAGGGGUAGGAUCUGGGGGCAGUUGAUGGGAAUGUGGGGAGAAUAAACAUGGGAUUAGUGUAGGAUCUCAGUAAGUGGGGAAGUUACUGGGACAAUUUACUCCAGAAUCUUGGGUUGUCUGAAACCUUCAAGGAAGAACGUUACAAUCCAGCUGCCUACCUGUGUGCCUCAGUGAAUGUAAGUAUCAGAGAGCUUCCCACAGCUCCAGGGAGUAGGGUCAAUUCCCAAUCCAUGUACAGAGAGGUCUCCCCCCUCACCCUCCACCCUCAGCCACGCACUCCAGUCCCCUCUGUGACUCCGGUAGGGAUCAGGACUAAAUUAAACUGCUGACUUUCCCUGCUCCAUUGAUUGAGGUAACCAGGAGCAGCUGGUUUCCAUGGGAACUGGGUGGGGGCAGAGGAAAGAGAUGGAGAGUUGGACGGGGGGAACUGAGGUGUUGACGGCCACUGUUAGACUGUAGGUUAACCCUUUCAUCAAACUGUAGCAUGAAUCAUUCCCAACACUGCUCUGCACGAUGUUUUGGUUUUUACCUAGUUGCACCUUUCCUUUCAGGAAUAAGAUGUGUCUCUGUGAGUCAAACAGUGCUAAUCUCCAUUGUGACUACUCACCAUUAACACUGAUAUUGAGAAUGACUGAAACCAAUAAUGGAUCACUAGAGAGCAAUGGCUUUGCUGGCAAUAACUACCAAUAAAGCGCAAUAGCAUCCA